GAUUGGCAAGUUCGUGUUUCCCGUCCCCCGCCCGCGAGGAGUGGGGGUGAAAAGCGGCCAGACCUGCUGGGAGGGUAGUGGGCGGACCGCGCGGCCUGAGGUGUGAGCUUCUGAACACCGGGGUGGGGGGGCGGCGGCGGCGGCUCCUGCGAUCCGAAGGGACUUGAGACUUCUCGCCGACCGCGCGCCAUGAGGGCCCUGUGGGUGCUGGGCCUCUGCUGCGUCCUGCUGACCUUCGGGUCGGUCCGAGCAGAUGAUGAAGUCGACGUGGAUGGUACGGUAGAAGAGGAUCUGGGUAAAAGCAGAGAAGGCUCUAGGACAGACGAUGAAGUCGUCCAAAGAGAGGAAGAAGCUAUCCAGUUAGAUGGCUUAAAUGCAUCCCAAAUACGAGAACUUCGAGAGAAGUCUGAAAAGUUUGCCUUCCAAGCUGAAGUUAACAGAAUGAUGAAACUUAUCAUCAAUUCACUGUAUAAAAAUAAAGAGAUUUUCUUGAGAGAACUGAUUUCAAAUGCUUCUGAUGCUUUGGAUAAGAUAAGGCUAAUAUCUUUGACUGAUGAAAAUGCUCUUUCUGGAAAUGAGGAACUAACAGUCAAAAUUAAGUGUGACAAGGAGAAGAACCUGCUACACGUCACAGAUACUGGUGUAGGGAUGACCAGAGAAGAGUUAGUUAAAAACCUCGGUACCAUAGCCAAAUCCGGGACCAGUGAGUUUUUAAACAAAAUGACUGAAGCACAAGAAGAUGGCCAGUCCACUUCCGAAUUGAUUGGCCAGUUUGGUGUCGGUUUCUAUUCUGCUUUCCUUGUAGCAGAUAAGGUUAUUGUCACGUCUAAACAUAACAAUGACACCCAGCACAUCUGGGAAUCCGACUCCAAUGAAUUUUCUGUAAUUGCUGACCCAAGAGGGAACACUCUGGGACGUGGAACCACAAUUACCCUUGUUUUGAAAGAAGAAGCAUCUGAUUACCUUGAGUUGGAUACAAUUAAAAAUCUUGUCAAGAAAUAUUCACAGUUCAUAAACUUUCCCAUUUAUGUAUGGAGCAGCAAGACUGAAACUGUUGAGGAACCUGUGGAAGAGGAAGAAUCAACAAAAGAGGAAAAAGAAGAAUCUGAUGAUGAGGCUGCAGUUGAAGAGGAGGAGGAAGAAAAGAAACCAAAAACAAAAAAGGUUGAAAAAACUGUCUGGGAUUGGGAGCUUAUGAAUGAUAUUAAACCAAUAUGGCAGAGACCAUCAAAAGAAGUAGAAGAGGAUGAAUAUAAAGCUUUCUACAAAUCAUUUUCAAAGGAAAGUGAUGACCCUAUGGCCUAUAUCCACUUCACUGCUGAAGGGGAAGUUACCUUCAAGUCCAUUUUAUUUGUGCCCACUUCUGCUCCACGUGGUCUGUUCGAUGAGUAUGGAUCUAAGAAGAGUGACUACAUUAAGCUGUACGUGCGCCGAGUAUUCAUCACCGACGACUUCCACGACAUGAUGCCCAAGUACCUUAACUUUGUCAAGGGUGUUGUGGACUCUGAUGAUCUCCCCUUGAAUGUUUCCCGGGAGACGCUGCAGCAGCACAAACUGCUGAAAGUAAUUAGAAAGAAGCUUGUCCGUAAAACUCUUGAUAUGAUCAAGAAGAUUGCAGAUGAGAAAUACAAUGAUACGUUUUGGAAAGAAUUUGGUACAAACAUCAAACUUGGUGUAAUUGAAGACCACUCCAAUCGAACACGUCUUGCCAAGCUUCUGCGAUUCCAGUCUUCUCAUCAUGCAACUGACAUUACUAGUCUAGACCAGUAUGUGGAGAGAAUGAAGGAGAAGCAGGACAAAAUCUACUUCAUGGCUGGGUCCAGCAGAAAAGAGGCUGAGUCAUCUCCAUUUGUCGAACGACUUCUGAAAAAGGGCUAUGAGGUGAUUUAUCUCACGGAGCCUGUAGAUGAAUACUGCAUUCAGGCCCUCCCUGAGUUUGAUGGGAAGAGGUUCCAGAAUGUUGCCAAAGAAGGAGUCAAGUUUGAUGAAAGUGAGAAGACAAAGGAGACUCGUGAAGCAGUUGAGAAGGAAUUCGAGCCACUGCUCAACUGGAUGAAAGAUAAAGCCCUUAAGGACAAGAUUGAAAAGGCUGUGGUAUCUCAGCGCCUGACAGAGUCCCCAUGCGCUCUUGUGGCCAGCCAGUACGGCUGGUCUGGCAACAUGGAGAGAAUCAUGAAGGCCCAGGCCUACCAGACAGGCAAAGACAUCUCUACGAAUUAUUAUGCCAGUCAGAAGAAAACAUUUGAAAUUAAUCCCAGACAUCCCCUAAUCAAAGACAUGCUUAGACGGGUUAAGGAAGACGAAAACGACCAGACAGUUUCAGAUCUUGCUGUAGUUUUGUUUGAAACAGCAACACUGAGGUCAGGAUAUCUUUUACCAGACACAAAAGCAUACGGAGAUAGGAUAGAAAGAAUGCUUCGUCUCAGUUUAAACAUUGACCCUGAUGCAAAGGUGGAAGAAGAACCUGAGGAGGAACCUGAAGAUGCAGCAGAGGACACCACAGAGGACACCGAGCAAGACGAAGAAGAAGAAGAAAUGGAUGACGAAGAACAGGAAGCCACAAAGCAAUCUACAGCAGACAAAGAUGAACUGUAAAUUAAACUCUUCACCAUUUGGAUCCCGUGUGGAGAGGGAAUGUGAAAUUUAAGUCAUUUCUUUUUGGACAGACUUGUUUUGGAUGCAACCCCACCCCACCCCUUCUCCCCUGCACUGUAAAACAUUGGGAUUGUGGGUCACAGAAAGAAGUGGGUUUUUUAGUUGAAUAUUUUUUUUUUAACAUUCCUCAUGAAUGUAAAUUUGUACUAUUUAACUGACUAUUCUUGGUGUAAAAUCUUGUCAUGUGUAUAAAAAUAAAAAAGUUCCCAAAUAC